UUCAAUGUAAGAUGGUGGCUGGAAGGUGCUGCUGAUAUACACUGAAAGGCUGAGAGGAAAAGCAAGGUAUUUUCUCAACAAAUCAUAUCUGAUCUGAGAAAUAAACGCACUAAGAUUUGAAGUUGCUUGCUUACACUGUUCUGGGCAGUACAGAAAGAUAAAUCAAUCCCCGCCCCAUUUGGUGUGAUUUCCCUUGGAGAGGAAUCCCAGCAAUAGAGAGACAGGGCCCCCCUGCUCAGGACUCCAGCCACACUACUGCGCCACUGUGAGACGCAACCGCCACCACCGCCGCAUCGUAGGAUGUCCCGCAGCCCUGAGGUGAAGGAAGACCCCAUGGAGUGCCCCCUGUGCAUGGAGCCCCUGGAGAUCGACGACGUCAACUUCUUCCCCUGCACCUGCGGCUACCAGAUAUGCCGGUUCUGCUGGCACCGCAUCCGCACGGAUGAGAACGGGCUGUGUCCCGCCUGCAGAAAGCCUUAUCCCGAAGAUCCGGCAGUCUACAAACCCCUGUCACAGGAAGAGCUCCAGCGGAUAAAGAGCGAGAAGAAACAGAAGCAGAAUGAGCGCAAGCAGAAAAUCACGGAGAACCGCAAGCACCUCGCCAGCGUGCGCGUCGUGCAGCGCAACCUAGUGUUCGUGGUGGGCCUGUCACAAAGGCUGGCUGACCCCGAGGUUCUAAAGAGGCCUGAGUAUUUCGGGAAGUUUGGGAAGAUACACAAAGUGGUGAUCAAUAACAGCACGUCAUACGCAGGGUCUCAGGGUCCAAGUGCCAGCGCCUACGUCACAUAUAUCCGGUCCGAAGAUGCGCUCAGAGCCAUUCAGUGCGUCAACAAUGUCGUGGUGGAUGGCAGAACACUCAAAGCCUCUCUAGGUACAACAAAGUACUGCAGCUACUUCCUGAAGAGCAUGCAGUGCCCCAAGCCAGACUGCAUGUACCUGCACGAGUUGGGGGACGAGGCGGCCAGUUUCACUAAGGAGGAGAUGCAGGCGGGGAAGCACCAGGAAUACGAGCAGAAGCUGCUUCAGGAGCUAUACAAGAUGAACCCCAGCUUCCUGCAGACCUCAGCCCCCGGGGGGGAGAAGUCAAAAGGGAAAUCCAGCUCUUUACAAAGGCCAAACAGCAACAGCAAAGAGGCGUGGCCAUCGUUACAGACCUCGGGCAAGACCGCCAACGGGCUGGGCAUUGACCACCGGAAGACGCCCCCGCUGCUGGACGGCAGCUCCGACUCGGAGCACACCACGCCUGACGGGCAGGAGGCCGAGUUGGGCCUGGGCCCGGUGCCCGCCCUCUCGCCCUUCUCCUCGGGCUGUGACCCUGCCAGCCCGAGCGACAAGCCCCCAGAAGCCAUUAGCAUAGGUAACGGGGAGAGCUUACCGCUGGUCUCCAAUAGCGACUCGCCCUCGCCUCCCCCAGGCCUCUCCAAGCCCAGCCUGGUGGUCCCCAUCAGCCUGUCCAACCUCACAGCACGCUCGCCCUUUGAGGGGGCGGCCGCAGAAUCGCAGUCUCUCUUCUCCGACAACAGUAACUUCCGGCAUCCCAACCCCCUACCUGGUGGCCACGCCCCCUUCCCUAGCUCCGCCCACAGCAACCCCGACUGGCCGACGGCGCCGGAGCCACAGAGCCUGUUCACGUCAGACACCAUACCAGUGUCGUCCUCCACGGACUGGCAAGCGGCCUUCGGUUUCGACUCCUCCAAGCAGCAGGACGACGACCUGGGCUUCGACCCCUUCGACAUCACCCGAAAGGCUCUGGCUGACCUCAUUGAGAAGGAGCUGUCGGUUCAGGACCCCCUGCCCCCAUCGCCAGGUGCCCUGCGUGGACCGCAGGCCAAAGGGGCCCCUGGUGCAGGCAUCCAGCCCCCCCACCGCUCGGCCCAGCCGCUGCACCGUACCGUCUUUAACUCAUUCAGCUUCCCUGGCCCGGCUGCCCGCUACCCCUGGGCCGGGCCGCCCACCCGGAAUCACCUGGCGCACCUUAACCACACGGCCAACGCCACCUCCAACAGCCACUUCCUGGACUUGAGUUUGCCAGCACAGCACAGCACUGGGCUGGGGGGCAUACCCAUCACAGAGGGAAGCAGCUCAGUAGAAAGUAUAAAUGUGAAAGAAUGGCAGGACGGCCUCAGGGCACUGCUACCUAACAUCAACAUCAACUUUGGGGGACUUCCGAACUCGUCGUCCUCUUCUUCAUCCUCCUCAUCCUCCAGCGUCAACCACACGGGGGCGCCAGUCGGCUCGGGGGGUGUCUCGCACAGUCUGAGCUGGGACGGGACGGCCAGUUGGAUGGACCCAGCUAUUAUAACAGGUAUCCCAGCAUCCUCAGGCAACAGUUUGGACUCUCUCCAGGACGACAACCCCCCACACUGGCUUAAGUCGCUGCAGGCUCUCACAGAGAUGGACGCUCCUGGGUCGGCCGCGCCCCCCCAGCCCCCGCACAGUGCCCCCUUUGGAGCGCAGAUACCCUUCCACAGAGCCGGCUGGGCGGCCUACCCACCGCCUACCGCCAACCCUGCCGGCCAGUUCCACUCACCCCCGCCCGGCUUCCAGACCGCCUUCAGACCCCCCGCCCAGACACCCACAGAUCUGCUACAGAGUGCUGCCAUGGACCGUCACUAGGGAUGGCGGCCGGCCGGCAAGCCCAAUAACGGACACCCGUCAGUUGAUUGAUCGCAAAACUAUUAACAACGUAAUAACAGCAUUAUGUAUUUUUUUUCUUCCCAUCUCCCUCCGUUUCUACAGCCCCUCCCCCAUCAGGCUCCUCCCCCUCUCUCUGUCACAUUACUACAUCACCUCUGUCUGUCCAAUGAAAGCAAUUUACAGUUCCCGCCCAGAAGGGGGUACUGUGUUGGGGAUUCCGGGGUCGUGUUGAUCAGAGCCAACAAUCGUCAGGAUACUCUGAAGAAAAAAGAUUCCCGUAAGGUCUGAACACCACCCAGCCUUCAUCUAGCGUGCUGAGAAGAGGUUUGUGUGAGAAAUGGAACUGAAGAAGCGUCCUCUGGAGAAGAGAGGUGCUGGGAUAGAAAUAGGGUAGUUUGCGACAGACAACAGAUCUGCCUUUUAAAGCAAUGCCAAAUAUGAGCCUCCUCCCCCCACUGAAUUCCCUGGUCAGGUUGGCCAAAGGGCUUUGGAAAGUGGGCAUUGUGGGCAAAGAGAAGCAGGAGUCGUGAAGGCAGGAAAGGUAGAGGCUCCUCAGAAGUGUAGUGCUGCUGGGCGUUGGGUUGGGCCAGUGCUUGGAGGUGCUGUGGUUCCCCUCCAUUGGAGACUGGCCUCAUUAGAGUCGAGCCGCAUUCCUACGACCCCACAAUCGCUCCUCGAGGGUGGGCUGACUGCGGGGGGGUUCGGGACGUUCGUCAUGCUGACGGUAACGCGAGCGACGACAGGACCUUGACCAGGAAGGCCCCGCUGAGGCUCACACCGAUCAUCUCACUCUUCUGCCUCCAAAAUCUCCACGUCUAACCCGGCCUUUGCUUUCUGUCUUUGCCAUGGCGACAGGGAGGAGGGGAGGACAACCCUUCAGUCGGUUCUGUUAUGUUCGUUUUUGGGAUGGAAUCAUUCACUGAGAUUUAAAAAGAAGCAUGUUCGAGUGAUUCAGUGAUGCCUGAUUUCAUGUUUUAUUUUUGUUUUAUUUGGGAUAAUGCUAAGAAAUUAACUAUCAUUGGUUUUAAAUGAAAAGGAACCACAAUGGUGGCAUAAUGAAUGUUCGUACAUAUGGGGUUGUCCUCUCCCCCCCCCCCCCCCCCCCCCCAGUCUCACGCACACAGAUUUCACCACAUCAGCCGUAACGAUAUUCAAAGUCAAAUGUGAAAGGACAGCAGCACUUCAGGGUGACAGUAAGCAGUUUGGCGAGACCCCAGAAAAUGACCUUUGCCCCCCCCCCCCAACUCUUUAUUUUGUCUUAAUUCUUUAUUGGCUGUGUAGGUUCUUGCCAACUGUUCAGUAUUCAACAGUAUUCAAGAGAAAAUUAAAUACAUUCAGAGAAACUGAUGCAGUUAACCAUGGGUUAUACGACAUGCUAAAAAACUUUAAAAUGAAAAGCUUAAGGAAUUGUACCUCUCUCUACAGGUCUGGAAACUAAAUCUUAAAUAAAAAAGAAAACUUGA